GUCGCCGCCGCCGCCGCCGCCCCCUGUCCCGGCUCCCCGCCCCUCCCCGGGUUCCCUCAGCCCAGCUCGGUCCAGCCCGGUUCCCGGGAGAAUGAAGUUCGUGUACAAAGAGGAGCAUCCGUUCGAGAAGCGCCGCUCUGAAGGCGAAAAGAUCCGAAAGAAAUACCCGGACCGGGUCCCGGUGAUAGUAGAAAAGGCUCCCAAAGCUCGGAUAGGAGACUUGGACAAAAAGAAAUACCUGGUGCCUUCUGAUCUCACAGUUGGUCAGUUUUACUUCUUGAUUCGGAAGCGAAUUCAUCUCCGAGCUGAGGAUGCCUUGUUUUUCUUUGUCAACAAUGUCAUUCCACCCACCAGUGCCACGAUGGGUCAGCUAUACCAGGAACACCACGAAGAAGACUUCUUUCUAUACAUUGCCUACAGUGAUGAAAGUGUCUAUGGUCUGUGAAGCUGCUGUUCCUGAGGUGGGGUGGGGGUUGUCAUCCGAUUCUACAAAGAACAGUGGUGCCCUUCCAUGACCCCCACCUCCUUCCUCCAGGCUCAAGCACCUCCUCCCUUCUUCAGGACCCUUAUUGUUUGAGGCUUUUUCUCCUGCCCCUCUUCGCAAGAUGGGUAAUGGUAGACAUGGCCUCUUGCAGCGCUCCUUCUUUUCCUUUCUUUCCCCUUUGCCCUCCAUUCUCACACUGCUUUAGACUUAUUGAUUGUCAGUCUCUGUCACAUCUAAUGAUCGUUUGGUUUCUAUUCCUUUUCUAGCUGCCCAAGGGGCUCAGAGCCCCAACAAUCCCUUCCUUUCACUACCUUCUUUUUGGGGGGUAGAUGGAAGGGACUGAAAUUGUGGGGGGAUGGUAGGAGGCACACCAAUAAAGAGGAGACCACUAA